AUUAUGAUUCCGAUUGAGAAAAGCCAUAGGGUAUUUAGAGACUGGCAGGGGAGUGGAGUGAGAGGUCUCAUAACGUCUUCCCCAGCGGCCUGCGGGGUUGAGAGAAAGGGGACGCAGUUGUCCGGCAAAAGGUGGGGAUAGCGCCCCACCGGCCGUUACCUUUAACGGCUACUUUUUUCGAACGAAAGGCACAUAAUAGAGCAAAAAAGGAGCCCGGAAAACUCCCCCAAAAUCCCCCAACCGAACUCCUCUUCUCAUGGCACGGGAGGAGCAAAAGGAGAAGAAGCCCUCCCCCUCCAUCAUAGCUCCCAAGGCAAGUGAGGGAGGGAAAGAGCCCACACUCUCUUCUAGGGUGGUUUCGUUACUUUUGGGAGAUCUGAGUGGGCCGGGGCAGGCGUUCGAGAAAUGGUUGGCGCUCGUCCGUAAGCGGAGUGGCAAGUACCGGCCUUCUGGGUUCCCCCAUCGGCAGCCCAAGAUUGAAGUCAUGCCUAGUGGAUCGCUGCACUCCUUUACUCAUCACCACCAGAGUGCUGGAGGACCAGACUUACAAGAACCAGAUGGUGCUAUAAUUAAUACACCAGCAGAUGACCAGCCUCCAGAAAUGAGUUUGUGGGAAAGGCUUGGAAGUGCUGCUAUGUUAGACAUUGAAUCAAGUGCUUUCUCGUGGAAUGAUCUAUCAUCACUGCACCAUACAGAACAUACUAGUAGCACUGACCACUCUGAAGAUGAAAUGAAUAAAGCUCUAGAGGUUACUGUGAAUUCUGGGGGUGUUGUAUUCUUUGCUUUGUUUAACACUUCAGAUAAUGAUGAUCUAUUACCAAAGGAAGCAGCAGCAGUAAUUAAGUUUGCAUCUUCAAGAAUGGCCACACAAUCAGAACGUUUGGGAUAUGAAUUUGCAAAAUGGCUUGGAGUGCGAACACCUCAAGCUAGAGUAAUUCAUAAUUCUAGCCCUGAAUGGCAACGGAUCAAGGACGCUGCAGAAAAAGCACGUGAUGCGGCUGUUUUAGUUGGAGAUGAAGUAGGUGAAAUGACAUGUUCAGAGUUGUUUGAAGCUCUUGAAUUGAGUCGAUGUCUUUUCCUAAUGAAUUAUGUUCAUGGCUCACCUCUGCUUGAGAGUCCAAAUGCAUUUAAUUCACGGGAAGCUGCUGGAAAUACUGCUGCAGCCCUCGGUAGGGUCUUGAUGCUGGAUCUUAUUCUUAGGAAUGAGGAUAGACUCCCUUGUCGCGAGCUUUGGUGGCGUGGCAAUCCUGCAAAUCUGUUAAUUGCAGAUAAAGUAGCCUCUGUGAACAUGGAUGCAUGGGAGGAAACCAAUGGUUCUGCUGCGAGAAGUUACCAGCCACUGAUCCUUAAGGCUCUCCAGAAAGAGAGGAGAUCAAACUCUGCAAAUGGAAGAUUAGGUCCCCGAAACUCUGAUCUUUUAUCCCUGAACUCUGAUACAUUUAAUGAUGUUGGCCACAAAUCCAUGAAGAAACAAGCAGCGGAUGAGAACAAAUAUGGCGAUUUCCAUAUCGUGGCAAUUGACUCCGGGGUUCCCCGCCGACCACCUGCAGGAAAACGAGCAAAAGAUCAAGAACGAUAUCCAAAGGUUGUUGAGCUCAUGCUUAAUAAUUCAGAUUUCUCUUCCAACCUAUUGUAUGAAAUCACUGGAGGCAAACUGGGGUUCCCUGGCCCUGAAGAGUCAGUUGCAACAACUGAUUAUUGUUCUUCUCUAUCUGAUACUGACAUCACAGCAGUUGUGCAUGAGUUUCGAGGGGGGUUUCGUGCAGCUCUCAGGGACCUGCAGGGUUUCCAUGUAUUUCUCCUCACUCUUUACCAGAAGCUGGAUGGUCUAUUGCGAGUGUUUCUGUCAAUAAUCAGUAAGAGCUCUGGAGACAUUGAGAAGGAUGAUUUAGACUCACCAUUACGAUCAGCUGGAUUCAAUUUUAGUACUCCUCUCUCUACAAGUAAGCAACAUGCUUCAAAUGAAACACAUGUGGAUUCAAGUGAUUCUGAUAUGCAUAAAUGUACAUCAAAAACUUCGUCUCCUGGAGGUCGAGGAAGUCCUGAUUCCAUUUCUUCCAUUUCACGGGAUAAUUGGAAUGGUAGGCAUUUUAAAGGUAGCGGGGAUACUUCUCGAAGUCUUCGGUUGACAAUGAAGCUUCGUGACUUCAACAAAUCUGCCAAGGUUGAUGCUGAAUUGAACAAGGAGGUGGAACAGUGGAAUGAAAUGCUUAGAGAAGAUGUUGUUAAACUGUGCCAGGAAAACAACUUUAAUACAGGGUUUUUUGAGGGGAAUGAUCCCAACAUUGUUGUCGAUGCUUAUGAGUUCAAGGUUCGACUUGAACAUAUCCUUGAGAGGAUAGCAUUGAUCUCUGAUGCUGCAAAUACAGAGCGGCCAUCUAAUGUUACAGGCAGCCUGUUUAUUGGUGGUGCUUUGGCUGCAAGGUCUGUGUACACCCUUCAGUGCUUGGGCAUCACGCAUAUAUUGUGCCUAUGUUCAAAUGAAAUUGGACAAUCGGAUUCUCAGUAUCCUGACUUUUUCGAGUAUGAGAACUUCUCGAUAAGCGAUGACGAGGAUGCCAACAUUAGUGAUUUCUUUGAAGAGGCUUCAGAUUUCGUUGAUUGUGUGGAGCACUCUGGUGGAAAAGUUCUUGUUCAUUGUUUCGAAGGGAAAAGCCGAAGUUCUACUGUUGUACUGGCCUACUUAAUGCUAAGAAAGAGGCACACUCUAUCUGAAGCAUGGAACAUGCUGAAGAAGGUUCACCGCCGCGCCCAGCCCAAUGAUGGCUUUGCCAAGAUUCUGUUGGAACUUGACAGAAGACUCCAUGGUAAAACUUCUAUGGAUUGGCAGCAGAAGAAACCAGCAAUGAAGGUCUGCCCCAUUUGUGGGAAGAAUGCAGGGUUGAGCACCAGCUCGCUCAAACUCCAUCUCCAGAAGUCGCACAAGAGGCUCGCUUCAGGGAGCGUAGACAGUGCCAUGACCGUGGAGAUACAGAAGGCUCUGGAGGUGCUGAAGAUCAGCCGUGGCGGCAGUGUCAGCCCAACCCAAAUGAAGUCACAAUCACUCGACAGGUUUUCUCAUUGAUGUUUCUUGGAAUAAUGAAGGAACAAUUGCUUCACUUACUGGACCAGUGGAUUUAAGUUUUAAGAGUCUUCCAAAUCUGAGAUCAAAUACCUUCUUCUUUAGACAUGUCUACAUCAACAUAUAGCAAUGACUCCAAAAGAAAGGACCCGUCAAAGCAUUGAAAUAGUGCUUGGUAACCUGGGGCGAAAGUGUUGUUCAUGCAACAUUACUAUAGAUGGUUUAUAGUUAAGUUUGUGGAUAUAUCCUAUAUGUGGUUGCUUCAUUAAUUCAUUAUUUGUAGCCAACAGUGGUUCUGUGAGGUAGCAAGAUUAGUAUGAAGUUUUAUAAUUUGAACUCCUUUUAAUUCAUUAUUUAUAGCAGUUUC